CAUCUCUCAGACUCGAUCGAGGAGAAGCUGCUCUUCUGACUCUCUGACUCCGGCUACAGUCGUACAGGUUCAAACACGAUGACAGGCAUUAUUCCCAAGAGCAAAGCAAAGGGCACUGACAUCUGUUUUAACAGAGGGUUCAAUUGUAUAAUCCGCUCUGAUCUCGGCUGCUAUAUGAAGAUAGGUGAAUUAAAUAAGAAUUCAGACAUCUCUAUUCACAGCCUGCACCCUGCCUGCAAAAAUGGAGACCACUACCUUAGUGCCAAUAAUGGCCCAUUAUACAUCAUCAAGGGCAAGUCAGUCCGCAGUGUCAACGACCUGACGACAGACAGCGAUGCUAAAGUGUUCACUCUUCAUCCCAACUGCCAGGGCGGCGACCACUACUUCUUUAUGUAUUAUGAGUUUAUCAUCAUCUUCAAAGAAAAGGGCACUUACCGAAAAACAAGUGAUCUGAAUACAGACUCAUAUCCUGAAGAAUUCAAGCUGCAUCCCGACUGCAGUAACGGCCUCUAUUACUGGGGCGUAGGUAGUUCCUUCUGCUUCCUCAAGCCAGCCUCAGAGUGGGGAGUUGAGUUCGGCUGGGGUAACAACGUCAGGUAUUUUACAUCAAUGGGUGUCGAAUCUGUUCAUCCCGAUGCUCUUAACUUCCUUCCUGGUGGGCUGUCCAUAACCAAAGGUGCAUCCUUUGGCAAGUGGGAGAAUAUUAAAACCAUUAAAAAUGACAGCAAUACACCAGUGACAUGGCGAAAUAAAAUCAAUAAAAAGGUUGGCUACACUAAGGAGAAGAUGACCCAGAUCACACACAACUGGAAGAUAUCCACGUCAGUCACAGCUGAAACUGGAGAUCUUGCAAAGUUAAUUGCGAAGGUUCAGUUCUCUUUUUCUGCAGAAUAUGGAGGUUCACACGUCAGCACUGAAAAAGAAAGCUGGAACGAAGUGACUGAAGUGGAAGAACAACUCUCAUUUGAGCUGAAGCCGAACGAGGCUGUCUAUCUGUGGCAGUACCAACUGGGUCUCGGGCAAGAACCAGUGCUGUUCUGCCGUGAUAUAAAGAUUGACGACGAGCCAAACCCUCCGACUGAAGUCCCGCUGCCGCCCGUUCAAUCAUGAAAACAUAUCAGGAUGGUUUAACUCCAAGAAUAAUCAAGUGCUUCAGUUAAACACCUUAAUUAUAACUUCUCAAGUCAUCAUUUAUAUAUCUGCAUGCAAUGCUUAAAAUAAGUCUGGAAUUGUUUAAUAUAGCAAAGAGAUUUUUCAGUUACAGUUGUAACUGCAAAUUUCAACACUAUUUGGUAACACUUUAGAAUACUGUAUCUUACUUACUGCAUAACUAAUAAGGA